GCCCCGACCCUGAUUGGCUAUCGAGAGGGGGCGGCUUGAGAGGCGGUGGCAGCGGCGUGGGGAGCCAUGGGUCAGCCAGCCAAGGUUUUACAGCUCUUUAGAACACUACACAGGACCAGACAACAAGUUUUUAAAAACGAUAAGAGAGCAUUAGAAGCCAGAGUAAAGAUAAAUGAAGAAUUCAAAAAACAUAAAAGUGAGGCCUCUCCGGAGAAAAUAAAAGAGAUGUUGAAAAUGGGUUCUGAUGUUGAACUAUUACUCAGAACAUCUGUUAUUCAAGGUAUUCACACUGACCACAACACCCUGAAGCUGGUCCCCAGGAAAGAUCUUCUAACAGAAAACGUUCCGUACUGUGAUGCGCCAAUUCAGAAGCAGUAAAGCUUCCAGGACAAAACCUGUCUCUGCUCCCUCUGACUUUAAAUAUAUACCUAGCCAAAGUCCUGGACAUGCGAUGUUUCUCUCUGAAGUAGCAUGUUGCGAAUGAGCAACAAGCUGAGGGCUGCAGAGCACUGCAGUGUUCUGAGGACAUAGAUGUGCCUCCCUCCUCACCAUCAGGCAGCCUGACCUGGCGACCGGAUGUCUGGGGAGGUGGGACUCUUUCCUUCCCCUUUGGUAGGUGUUUUGGUCUUACCAAAGCUAUUUGCCAGUGAAGCACUUUACCAAGUUGGUGACUUUUCAUCCCAUGGGAAACAGGACUGCAAAAUAUAGAACACUACAUUAAAUUGAUGUUUAAUUUCUAAAAUAUUAAGUUGAUAAAAAAAAGAACACUUUCUACCAGCUUUCUACUGAAAGUAACCAUUGUUUUCCAAAGUCUUGCGGUUUUUUCUGCAGAUAAAAUAAUGUGGCUUGCUUCUCUGUGUUCUUAUAAAGACAGUUUUUUCCUUGCCUGUGUAAAUGUCUAAACACCUUGAGUGUGCAGUAUCUGCAGAGGUCAGGAGAGGGUAUUGGAUCCCCUGGGACUGGAGUUGUAGAUAGUCAUGAGCUUUUAUGUGGGUCCUGGGAAUUGAACUUGAGUCCUCUAGAAGAGCAGCAAGUGCUCUUAACCACUAAGCCAUCUUUCCAACCCCUAUAAAGACAUUUUAAAUAGUCUUCUGAAGAUAGAUGGAUGAAAUAUCAAAAUCACUUUGGGUCACUAUAGAAUAAAGACAUCCAACAUUUUGAGGAAGUGGUGGCGCUCUCUCAGACUACUUGGUCCUUGUAGAGUUAACUGUAUUUGGAUCACAGUUGGACGUUAUUGUGAAAUGCUAUAGAUGGCUAUAUUCUCUCUCUCUCUCUUUCUCUCUCUUUAGCCUUGAACUCAAUGACCCACCUGCCUCUACCUCCCCAGUGCUUUACAUAAUUUGAUUCUGAGUGUUGCCAAAUAAAUAAUAGUAAUAAUAAUUGGACUUUAUCAUAAAGUUAAAAACAUUUUUACUGGGUUCACGGCCAACUUGGUCUACAAAGUGAGUUCCAAGACAGCUAAGAUCGUUCCCCAGAGAAACCCUGUCUUGGAAAAAAAAAAUUUUUUUCCCCACUGGGCAAUGGUGGCACACGCCUUUAAUCCGCAGAGGUAGGUGAAUCUUUGUGAGUUUGAGGCCAGCCUGGUCUACAAAGCAAGUUCCAGGACAGUCAGGGCAGUUACACAGAGAAACCCUGUCUCAAAAAACAAACAAACAAAAAAAACAAAAAAAGAAAAUUGAGUGAAAAAUUGUAGUUAAGAUAAUAUGUGUCAUAUAUCUGAUAAUUCUCAUUAUAUAAGGAACAAAUGUUAGCAGAGUGGUGGUGGCACACAUCUUUAAUCCCAGCCCUCAGGAGGCGAAAAGAGAAUUUCUCUGAGUUUGAGGCCAGCUUCAUCUAAAGAGCUAGUUCCAGGACAGCUAAAGCUACACAAAUAAACCCUGUCUCUAAA